CAGCCGCGACGUUUGAUUGGAUCACGUGGUACAUGAUGCAGACGUGCACGCGCAUUUUCGCGCACCGGCCGCGGGACUCGGUGCGGAGCGGCGGCAGGAGGAGGAAGAGGAGGAAGAGGAGGAAGAGGAGGAAGAGGAGCGCAGAGUCUCCGGCUGGCAGGCAGGAUGCGGCUGCGGCUCCGGACCGUCUCGGUUCUGCUCAUGUCCCUCCUGGGCUCAGGCCUGGCCCUCCAGAUCCAGUGCUACCAGUGUGAGAUGACAGACGACUGCGCUGCGCCCCAGUUCAUCGUCAACUGCACCGUCAACGUCCAGGACAUGUGCCAGAAGGAGGUUCUGGUGAACGACGACGGGAUCCUGUACAGGAAGUCGUGCGCCUCCUCCGCUGCCUGCCUCAUCUCCUCCUCCGGCUACCAGCAGUUUUGCACCGGGAAGCUUCACUCUGUCUGCAUCAGCUGCUGCAGCACGCCGCUCUGCAACGGGCCCCGCCAGAAGAGGCGGCCCCCGCCGUCGUCUGGCGUGACCGCCGCCGGGCCCCCCCUCAUAUUGGUCCUCCUCCUGCUGGACUCCGUCCUCUGCUGACAGAGACUCAGCAGAGGAUCCACCUGAUUUCACUGAUUGUCUGAAAACCAGAGCAGGAAACAGGAAACAGGAAGUUACUUUGACAUCAGAGCAGAUCCGCCAUUUCUACUGUCAGGACAGAGCUAGCAUGCUAAUAUCUCAGUUAGCUGAGAUAUUAGCAUGCUAGCAGCUCGCUAGUAAACAGGCUAGAAAUAAAUCGAUCAGUUUUCACAUCACAGUGAAACAACAGAUUUUACACCAAUUAAAGGAGCAUUUCAUAUUUGAUGAAAUGUUUGUUCCUCUGAACCGACAUGAUGCCGAGCAGAACCUUCUGGGUCCAGUCGGUUCCACCAGGUUUUCAUCACUUCUCUUUUCACUGCGUUUUAUUUGAGGUUGUUUGUUUUGCACACAAAUCGUUUUCUGCUGAUGUGACCAGAGGAGGCAGAAAAAACAAAUUAAUACUGAGAAUAUCAACAAUUCAACUGAGUUUUCUCAAAGUUCAAAGUGCAGCGAAGUAAAAACUAAUAUUUUCCCCAAAUGUUGUUAAUUGUAACUGAGUGAAUGUUAUUUGCAGCUCUGAACAUGUUUGUGGACUUCAGGAAGAGUUUAUGACCUUCAAUAGUUUGAAUUUUUCUUUUAAUCUGUAACUAAUAUUAACUGAUAUAACAGAUUGUGUUCUUAGUUGUGGAUUAAUUUUAAUGCAUUUGGAUGUUUCACGAUAUGAAUAUGUUUUAAGCAGCUCGUUGUUCACCUGGUGAAUCAAUCAAUCAAUCAAUCAAUCAAUCAAUCAAUCAAUCAAUCAAUCAAUCAAUCAAUCAAUCAAUCAGUCAAUCAGUCAGUCUUCCAGCCUGUAACUUGUUUUAUCAGAAUAGUGGAAUAAGACAAGUUUUAGUCUUUUGCAUUUUGACCUUUUGACCUUUCCAGAGCCAGAAUUCAAGGUGCAUUAAGUGAUUUGAUCACCUUAAAUUCUUGAAUUUGAGUUUCUGGACACAAAGUGAGGACAGAGUUGAACAGUCGUUGUUGACCCGGUCCGGGCUCAGCGCCCCUCUGAAGUGUCCAUCAGUCAAAGUCACGUCAGGGGUCAGGGACGGUACAGAACGGCCUGGGUCGUAACUCCACGUCCAACAUGGCGGAUUGGUCUGCUGCUAAAAAGCACAACAAUCAUUUCACAUGGACAUUUUUCUGCUUCUUCAAAUCGUCAUUGGAUAAAUUAGUUUGAACUUGUUGAAUUCAGUAUCAGUGAAACAAAGGUUACUUUUCAAAACUGAUUAUAUUCUGUAUUUUUGCGGCAGAUCGCUCUGUGAACUAAUUUCAUAUUUCCAAGAUGGCAAAACAUUUACUAAUAUUCAAAAUAACCGUCUGAUGUUUGACGAAGACAUGAGUUUUGAAACCAUCUGUUUUAUGCAGGUUAAAGUUCGUUAGUUAUAAAGUGGAGACAAUAACAGAUCAAGUUAAGGACAAACAUUCAGCAUAUAUAUAAAAAUAAUCCAAAUAAAAAAAGAAACGAUGAAUGUUGUGACGCCGGGCCAACAUGGCCGCCGGUGGGAGCGUGGCGGAUACUGACGACUCUCUGUGGCUCAUUGAGCCCCGGAUCAGCUGCAGCACAGAUGGCUGCAGCGUUCUGCAUCACAUGGUGCUGAUGAUCCAUUUUAUCCAUCUGAGACGCAGUCGAAGCUGAUCACUGCAGCGAUUGAUCAUCUGUCAGAAACUUGAAGCUUUGAACGUCUGCAGGAGGAAACAUGAAAAUAAAACUUAAUAAUGUUCAAACGUCUCAUUUUAUCUCUGAUGUUUUACUGGACAAACCAACAGGAAGUUCAGCUACAAAUGACCAGCAAUAGUUUUUAUGAUUUAGUUUCUUCUGGAGAAAUGAAUGGAGGUUAGUUUUUUAAAGUCAGAUUUUAACCAUGUUAUUGAUAAAAAUCACAGUUUCAAACUAAAUAUUUAGCUAAUAUGUUAAUUCAGUGGAAGUGGAAUGUCAAAAUAAAAGCUGGGUUUUUAUGACUUCCUGCUGCUGUAGAUCCAUCAAUAAAUAUUUAACCCUUCAAACUGAUUUUACUUUGUUUUAUAAUUUAAAUAAAUGUAAAUUUUGGUCAAAAAAGAAAACGAAACGACAAAACCAGCUUUUAUUUUGAUAGUUCACUUCCAAUUGUUGCCAAGUGAAUUAGCAUGUUAGCUUAGCAUCAGUCUGUGAGCUAGCUGUGUUUAUGAAUGAAUGAAUUCAUCCUGUUAAAUUAACCCAAAUUAUUCA